AUGAAUCAGCAACCUCUCUACCCCGGGCCUCGACAGCCUGCGCCCGUUCCCAAUGGUGACCACAACUUCUCUCAGCCCAGACCCCAUACGAGGCAACCCGACCAGCAGGACACCAACCAGUCUCGCGCGGCGCGAUUCGAAGAUGAGAAGAGGCGCAUUAUCGACGCCUGCUUUAGCAAGCGAGAUCCCGAGGGGAUGCAACUCGAGUCUUAUAUCACCCACGUCCGAGUCCUCGAAGAUGCUUCCUACCCGUCCUCCCCUCCUCCUCCGGACUCUCCUAACUCCAACAAGAAGCAUCGAGUCAUCCUAGUCGCCGUCCGACGCUCCGGCAAGGUCAGGGUCCACAAGGCUCGCGAGAACCCCAACGGCUCCUUCUCGAUCGGCAAGACAUGGAAUCUCGAUGAGUUGACCGCCAUCAUCUCCUACACGUCCCUCGUGCCCGCGAAUCCUCAGCAGCAGAUGGAGAAGCAGUGGGCUUCCAAUACUGGUUUCACUGUGUCUCUGGGCAAGCCCUAUUUUUGGGCCGCCCCUACGCCGAAAGAGAAGGAUUUCUUUAUUGCCAGUCUGAUCAAGAUAUACCGAAAGUACACAGGAGGAAAGCUCCCAGAUCUCAUAGGCUUUGCUCCGCAGGAACUACAACAGAUCACCGGUGCGCCAUCCACCCAGAAUACCCCUACUUCGAGGACCAAUUUCUCCCCGAUUGUGCCGUCCCCAACUCCUCCACCUCCUCUGGCUCCGAGUCAAACUGCUGCCGUACCAGCACUCAGCGCGAACAGACCACAGUCUCCAUAUGUCGCCCAGCCGCCUCCGAGCCGAGAUGGAAACCGAAUGGAGCUGCAAGAACCAAACAGGACUUUUGGCCGACAAGAAUAUCGUCCACCAACGAGAGAUGCGGCGCGGCCACCUUCCUCUCAGGCAGAAGAACGGCCUUUAGGCUUGCCCCCUAGACCCAACCGUGGCAUGCCGGUGCAGGAUGGCCCUCGCACACAGCCUUUUAUUGCCCCGAUGAAGCGUGAGGAAGUCCGUUCGCCGUCACUAUCCGACAGCCUCCAACCGGCUCCGCUGCGACCAUCCAUCAGUCCCAAGGCCUCUCAAUCGUCACUCCGGCGACCUGAUUCCGCCCUUGAACCACCACCUCUAAGACCCAACGGUCUCAACGUCACAAAAGCUGGCACGCAAGACUUUUCGGCGAAAAGAUCUGGGCCCAUGCCAGGCCAAGACUCAAACAGGGAUGCUGGUCGCGGCGAACCUCCAAAUACCUCCAGGCCGAGCACGGCUGCGAGUGAUCGCAGGUCUCCUGAACCUCCUCCUAGUCUUCCAGCGCUUGACUUUGAGCUCUUCCCCGAAAGGAAGAAGGCAACCACCAUUGCGGCUGACCUUAAGCCUGAUCAAGCCGCGGCCCCAAGUCAGAGUAACAGUGCGUUUGUCACUCCAUUAGGGACACCGACCGCAAUGAAAGAGGACCAAUCACAGCGGAAACCGGAUUACUUUACGAGCGAAAAGGCUGCAGCAGAGAAUAAGCAGCCGGAGGCAAGCGAUGCUGUGCCACCAAAGGCCGUGUACAACGAAGUAACUACGUCAGAGCCCGAAGCUAUCGACCCUACAAACGAACCCACGGCCCCAGAGGCUAUCGAGCCACCACCUCCUCCGAAGGUUGAAGAAGAGCACCGCCCUGGCCUUGGUCCUAUGAUCAAGAAGAGAUCCGGCAAGGACAUCGCGAAUCAAUUCCGAAAAGCUGCUCUUGCUGCAGCUGCAUUUCAACCCCGUCAAGGCGGCGCCGGCGCGCGCUUGAAGGCAAUGCAGGAGAAGCUCUCGAACGAGCCAGAUGGCAUCACCAGUGUUGUCCCAGCGCCCUUGAAGAGAGGUAUGAGCUCGGAUGGCGCAAGGAGCGGUACCCCGGAUCCGGCUACCACUGAAAAUGAGAAAGAGCAGCCGACACCAAAGCUUGCGCCUAGUGAGGCUCUUCCCCGAGUUGAAGUCCAGCGCACCGCCACCUCGGACAGCGUCGCGACGCCGGAAACGCCCACAACAAAGCCUACCCCUGCCGAGCCUGAGGGGCCGAAGGGAGAAGAAACAAGGGCGGAGUCCCCGGAUAAGGGCCGGUCAUCUUCGCCACAAAGAAAACGUCGGCAACGGCUCGAAGCAGAAGUUGAAAAACACUGUACGGCUUUAGGGAUCGAUCCACGGAUCAUUGAGGGCCGCGGGGCAGAUUUGAAUGAACUCUUGACGGAGUUUUCCUGGGAUGGGAGGCUUGCAAAUGACCAGGUUUUGGACAACUUCGAGACCGACAUUCGCAGGGAGAUCGGCCGUGCCCAAGCAAGCGGUUGGCUCGGCCACGUCGAACAUCAGGAGACCAAGGUACAAGAGCUCGGAAAAGCAUUCGAAAAAGCGAUUGCCGAAUGUGAAGAGCUUGAUGGGCUGUUGACCCUCUAUGCGCAUGAGCUUGACACUCUCCACGAAGAUAUCGAAUAUAUCGAGGCGCAAGGGCAGGGAUUGCAAGUGCAGACUGCCAAUCAGAAGUUGUUGCAGGCUGAGUUGCAAAAUCUCCUGGGAACGUUGACAAUCUCCCAGUCAGAUCUUUACGCUUUGCAGGAUGCAAAACUGGACAACUUCCAAGGCGUACAGGCGAUCGAGCGUGCAUUGACUUUGCUCUACACGGCAAUGCUGACGAUCGACCCAGACUUGCGCCAGAACAAGCUCCGUCAAGCGGCUUCUGCAAACAACCGCAAUGGCUCGGGAACAAAUACUGAUGCGGAUCUCACCAAGAUGCGAGCGGUGCGCGAGAAGAAAGAGGAAUACAAGAACGAGAGCAUGAUGUUCGUGAACCGCUUUAAUCAGCACAUGAAGAACAUGUUCCAAAUGGCUGAGCAGCGAACAAGCGAGGAAAAUGCCAGCAUGAGUAUUUCUUCUGGAACCUCGUCCUUCAUGCUUAACCUACGGGCUUUCAACGCCUCGCGACAAGAGCUUUGGGUCUACAAUGCCAUGAUGCUUUUCGUGCGGGAGGUCAAUCAGUACGAAUGGCAGACAUUGAUCAACAGCUACGAGAUCAACGUCAAGAGUAUCUACCAGGAUCAAUUCCGAGACUUCAACAUGGGCCUUAGAAGGACUGUCAGACACCCCAUGGGAGAGGAGCAAGAAAUUCUUUUUACCCACCAAGACAAGGAGAAGGCAGAGGAGUCCAAUCUUUCCACCGCAGCUCGCAAGCUUACUGUCAAGCGUGGCAGGACGGCCAAGACGAGUGCUAUGCGACAUUCAAUUAGCGAAAGACGAGACGGCAAACCCGAAGCCUGGGCUGUAUUCGACACUGUCCUUGAGCAACAAGCCACGGCCAUAUCGGAAGAACAGAAUUUCAUUGUACACUUCUUCCAUCUGAACUCGCAAUCGAACGAAGAUUUUGCGGAGCUCGUACAAUCUCGGCCGCCUGAACAGCGCAGGCUGCCCAAUCUGCAGGCCAAGCAAGCGUAUGAUCCGGAUCGUAAUUUGGCCAAGAUCGUGCAGAAUACGACAGAGGGAAUCUACUCGUUCUGGCCGUCCGACCUCCAGGGGUUGAUGGAAUGGGUCUUCAAGGCGGAUCAAUUACAGGGUGUGGGCGUCCUGGUCUCGCUCGAACAGUGCUUGUCGAAAUAUGAGGAAACGAACCAAGAAUUCAUCACUCGGACAGUCAGGACCCUCCACGAGAGGCUCGUCGGUCUCUUUCACAAAUUCGUCGAAGAACAAGUCAAGGCGAUAGAGGAAACGAAGGUGAAAGUCAAGAAGCGAAAGGGACUGAUUUCUUUUAUGAGGGUCUUCCCAGACUUCAUGGCUGUGGUGGAAGACAUGAUUCCGCAGGAAUUUGCCCACCAGGAAUCACUCGAGGUGCGCUUCAUCGUCAAUGACGCCUACACCAAACUUCUGAAAGCCAUGUGGGAAUCUCUCAACUUCAUCGCCAAAGACAAUCCGGCAGCAAACUCUUCUGGUGGGACGACAACAGGGCACUCGAAUGCACCCGUGAGCGGCGACCCGGAAGAUAAAGAGGCAUUGAACUAUCAUAUCCUCCUGAUCGAGAACAUGAACUACUUUGUCGAGGAAGUCAAAACGCACCACAAUGUGGUCCUCGAAGAAUGGGUUGAACGAGCGUCGCGCGAUCAGUUGUCCCACCUGGCACAGUACACGGAUGCCGUGAUCCGACGGCCACUGGGCAAAUGGCUUGAUUUCUUGGAAAGCACCGAAGCCCUCAUGAAGACGAACGACUCGUCGCUCACGUCUAUCGCGAACAAGCCAUCCCACUCACGCAGUGCGGCCAAGAAGAUCCUCGGCAGUUACGAUGCGAAAGAGAUUAGGAAAGGGGUGGAGACGUUGAAGAAAAGGAUUGAAAAGCACUUUACGGACGCAGAUGAUCCUUCGGCAACCGCCUUGGAGAGGCCAGGAAAGAAGGAUCUGAUCGGAAGGGUAUUUGAGGAGUGUGCCGUCCGGUACGCCCACGCCCACGACCGGAUGAAGAUGGUCGUGGACCGAGUCUACGAGGGCAGUCUGGAUAUCGAGUGGAGGAAGGAAGAUGUGCUGGGCAUGUUUAAGAGAUAG